GCGCUAUAUAAACCCCUUUGCCAGUUGCCACUGCCAUCACAACCCACAAGCAAACAAGCAGCAGCCAAUUAAACAAGCCAGGCUAGCGAUCGAUCGAUUGAUCUCAUCGCCGUCGACUCGAGCUCCAUCGCCGGCGACGACGACAGCAUGGGCAACAGCCUGCGGUGCUGCCUGACCUGCAUGCUCCCCUGCGGCUCCUUCGACGUGGUCCGCAUCGUCCACCUCAGCGGCCGCGUCGACGAGUUCAGCUGCCCGAUCACGGGCGGCGCCGUCCUCGCCGAGCACCCCAACCACACCAUCGCCACGGCGUGGUCCUCCGCCGGCGUCGGGUGCCCCACCAAGAAGCUCGUCAUCGUGUCGCCGGACACCGAGCUCAAGCGCGGCCGCAUCUACUUCCUCAUCCCGUCCGCGACGGUGCCGGCGGUUGACAGGAGGAAGAAGAGCCGCCCGGGCUCCAACAAGAAGAGCAGGCGGCCGAGCAGCCGGGGCAAGAGCGGCGGCGGCGCCGCGAGCACCGCGGAGCAGGAUAACUACCUGACGGAGCUGCUGUCCGAGAAGACCGCGUCGGGCGCCCACCGGAGGCGGCGGAGCGGCUGCAGGGUCGGCGUGUGGCGGCCGGAGCUCGAGAGCAUUGUGGAGGAGGCCUCGGAGUAGAGGGCUCGAAGAGUUCUCUCAUCUUUCUUCACCCCCUCCUCCUAUUAUUCUUGCUUCCUCUCUGUCUUCCGAUGUGAAUACCACGAUGGAGAACGUAUUUCCAGUUCUCAAUGCCCUGACACAUGUAUGUACAGUGAUGUACAGAGGGUUCAGUGGUUCUUAGAUCGGAGAUGAGAGGAAAAAAUUAUUGUAAGCCCCCCAACAUGUACAGAGAUAUUUAGCUGAGCUGAUUGAAUUUUUUCUGGGAAAAUCUUUCAUGGUGUGUGCUAUCACCAAAAACAAAGAUAUGGUUGAGUCGACUCAAGUUUCUACAAAAAUCUUUCAUAACAUGGAGUAUUUCC